AUGAAAGGGAGAGGGCGAGAGAGAGAGAGAUUAAGAGAGCAAGAGGGAGAAAGUGAGACGGAAUGAGAAGAGAAGAGCGGGAGGCUCUCGAUGACCUAGUUCCAAGCAGUGUAGUAGCUGAGUAUUGACUACAAUAUAGACCCUGGUGAGAAGCAGUUAAGAGAACGGGAGGAGGCAGGAGUCCCAAACAAACAGGUGGAGUUAUCAGAUAGUGCUCCUGAGUUGCACUUGUCUACAGAAGAGCCAUGGCAGGUCAGAGAGGAGUUAAAUCUGUGAGGAAGUCUACUGUUCCCGGGGUAACGAUCACACAAUUUGUUGAGGAUAUUCCUAAAGGGUGCAGCACUCCGGACUUCGAACGGAAGCCAGUUACCUUAACUCUACAGGAAGGUAAAAAUGCCAUUUUCCGAGCAGUGGUCAAGGGGGAACCAAAACCCGAGGUAGUGUGGAAACGCAAUAAUAAUGACAUUGAUGACCCCCAAAAAUAUCAAAUAAAUUUCAAUCCGGCAACAAAUGAGUUCAUCUUGCAGAUAACCAAAAUAACUUCAGAUGAUGCCGAUUUAUACCGUUGCACUGCUAUGAAUGAGUAUGGGGAAGCCACAUGCACUGCUGGCCUCAAGAUUAUACAGGUUGGCUUUAAGAAGAAAACAAAGGAGGCCCCUUCUGCACGGCAGGAAGACUUGAAGAAAGAGAUUCAGGACUUCAGAAAAACGCUAAAGAAACGAGCACCUUCGGCUCUUCCUAAGAAGGAAAUUGAUAUGGAACAAGCCUGGCAAUUGUUGCUUAAUGCAGAUAAGAAAGAUUAUGAGAAAAUCUGCUUGAAGUAUGGUAUUGUAGACUUCCGUGGGAUGCUGAGAAGGCUUCAGGAGAUGAAGAAGGAAAGAGAAGACAAGCAAGCCCAGUAUAUCUCCAGUAUCACAAACCUGAAGCAUGUCAGAGUCAAUGAGGAGAAAGGAAAUGCUUCAUUUGAUCUAGAGAUGGAACUGAAAAAUCCAGAAAGCAGAAUUUACCUGUACAAGGAUGGCCAGAUGAUCCAAUUUGGAUUUGAUAGUGACAAUGUGAAGCACUGCCUUAGGAAGGUUGGUAAAAAGUACAAUUUCAUCAUCAACAAUCUGCAGCCAGAAGAUGCUGGUGUAUACCAGAUCAAAGUGGAGGAUGCUGAUGUCUUUUCAACUGAGCUGGAACCGGAAACCAUUCCAAUGACUUUCCGCUAUCCACUGGGUGAAGUCAGGUGCCACGAGCAAGGAAAUGCCGUCUUUCAAUGUACCCUCUACGACUCCUGCUUCGAUGCUGUGUGGUUGCACAAAAACUGCCGCCUACAGCCAAGCGAGAAAUAUGAUAUUUCUAUCUCAGAUGAUGGCUUGAUUCACCGUCUGGUCAUUAAAAAUACAGAGCUUUCUGACAAAGGAACUUACACUAUUGACACGGGAAGCCGCUCUUCAAGUGCCUGGCUUGAGGUUGAAUCUGCCAAAGGAAAAAGAAAACAGACUGAAGGAGACAGUGAUACUAGGGCUGGAUGGAAGGGCAAGCUUGUAGAAGAUGGUGCUAAAAAACUUCGUCAAGGAGAAGGACAUGAAGAUCAAGAUUCCCUUUCAGGCAUCAACAUGGGCAAAGAUGGCCUGUAUAGAGAUGGCAGUGGAGAAGUUCAUGGUUCUUUGGGAAAAGAUGGAUCUCUGGGAAGAGAAGGGGAUAUGGGACAAUUUUCUGGAGCAAGAGGAGCUAUGGCAGAGGGGAAUGAGUUUUCUAGAUUUGCAGGGAAUAGUAGUAGCCUUACGGGACUGGAUCAGAACACUAUGCUAGGUGUAAGUGGUGUUAGUGGAGGUCCAGGUGGUUUGGCUGGCAUGGGAGCAUUUAAUGGUAAGGAUGCUAUGCUGGGUGGUAUGUCUUCUGGUGCUGGAUUUGGAAGUGUAGGUGGAUUACAUGCUGUAAAGGGACAAGGUUCCAUGCUGCAUGGAGAUGGUAUUGGUGGUUUGAGAGCAGGAACAGGAGAGCUAGAAGGGUUUUACGACACGAAGGGAGUACUUGGUGGGUCUGCAGCCAUGCUUGAUGGUGCUGGAAGUCUUUAUGAUAAGGAUAGUAUGCAAUUGGGUGGUGGUAUGCUUGCUGGAAGUGGAGGCCCGGCAGCCAAAGGCGGACUCUAUGGAGAAAGUGGUAUGUUAAAUGGGGUUGGUAUCACCAAAGAUAGUGCAGGGAGUGGAAUCUAUGGCAGAGAUAGUACACUAGAUGGUGUUAGUGCUGGUAGGUUUGGAGCUGGGAAUGAGGGUGUAGGAGAACACUAUGGAAAAGAUAUGUUAGCUGGAGGAAGUGCUGGUGGGCCUGGAGGUACUGGGGAUGUAGGAGGACUCUAUGGCAAGGAUGGUGUGCUCACAGGAAUAGGAAGUGUUGGACCAGGAGCUGCUAGUGGUAUUGUUGGCCUGUCUGGCAAAGAUGGUAUGCUAGCUGGAGCAAGUGCUGGUGGACUUGGUGGUGGUGGAGGCAUAGGUGGAGUCUAUGGCAAAGAUGGUAUGCUAGCUGGAGCAGGUACUGGUGGAUUUGGUGGUGGUGGAGGCAUAGGUGGAGUCUAUGGCAAAGAUGGUACGCUAGCUGGAGCAGGUGCUGGUGGACUUGGUGGUGGUGGAGGCAUAGGUGGAGUCUAUGGCAAAGAUGGUAGGCUAGUUGGAGCAGGUGGUGGUGGAGGCAUAGGUGGAGUCUAUGGCAAAGAUGGUAUGCUAGCUGGAGCAGGUGCUGGUGGACUUGGUGGUGGAGGAGGCAUAGGUGGAGUCUAUGGCAAAGAUGGUAUGCUAGCUGGAGCAGGUGCUGGUGGACCUGGUGGUGCUGGAGGCAUAGCUGGUCUCAGUGACCAAGAUGGUAUGCUAGCUGGAUCUCAUGGUGUUGGUGGUGUAGCUGGACUAUAUGGAAAAAAUGGUAUGCUAGCUGGAACAGGUGCUGGAGGACUUGGUGGCUCUGGAGGCAUAGCUGGGCUCUAUGGGAAGGAUGGUAUGCCUGCUGGAAAUGGAGCUGGUGGACCAGGAGGUGCAGGAGGUAUAAGUGGACUCUGUGGCAAAGAUAGUAUGCUAAUUGGAGCAGGUGUCAGUGGACUUGGUGGUUCUGGAGGCAUAGAUGGACUUCAUGGUAAAGAUGGUGUCCUAGCUGGUGGGAGACUUGGUGGUGCUGGAGCUGGGAUUUAUGGAAAGGAUGGUAUGCCUCAAGUUGGUGUUGGUGGAUAUGGUGUUGCUGGGGAUAUGGGUGGAUUGAAUGACAAGAAUGGUAUGCCAGCUGGAGCAGGUUUUGGUGGUGCUGGUAGUGCAGGUGGACUGUAUGGCAAAGAUGGUAGGGCUGCUGGAGCUGGUGUUGCUGGGCUUGGUGAAGGAGUGAUAGGUGGUCCCUAUGGGAGAUUAGGUGGUGGUGGUACAGGGGUCAGAGGCAUUGAUGGGUCACAGUCAGGUGUUCCUGGUGAAGAGUUCCUGAAUUACGAUCAGUGGUCUGGUUUUUAUGAUGGUGGAGUCCAAACUGGUGACAGAAGACGACAGCUGUCUGAAGCUGAUGCCAGUGGACUUAUUUCAGUUGAUAUCUCAAGAACCAGAGACAGGAAAGGAAGAGGAGGGAUUCUGCUUGAAGAGGAUAUGAGAGUAUAUUAUAAAUGCCUUUUCAAAAUGGGCUGUUUUAUCUUUUUUGGCUGUUCAGAACCACGUUAUCGUUUUACACAAGGUUUAUUUGAUGUUCAUGCCCAGAAAGGAAAAUCAACUGUCUUAUCAUGCAGCCUCAACAAUGACCAGCUUGAGGGAACCUGGUUUAAAGAUGGCUUCAAGGUAACAGGACUCGAGGGCUUCUCUGUUGAGAAAGAUGGUGCAGUUCAUAAACUGAUAAUAGAUGAAGUACAAGAAGGCCAUUCUGGAAAAUAUAAAUUUGAAACUGAAGGCAUCCACACAGAGGCAUCUCUUUUUGUUGAAGAUCCUCCAAAUGUUGAUGCUGCUGUCCUGGAAAAACUGAAGAAAGAGUCUGUUGUGGUUAAGGCAGGAAAGAAUGCCAUGGUCAAGAUACCAUUUGAAGGCAAAAAGCCAAUCAGGGCUACUUGGCUAAAGGAUGACGGUGAACUUCUUGAUGAUGCUAGGAUCCUCAUUGACCAUUCAGAUAACUUCACCCGACUUUCCAUAUCCAGCACCAACCGAAAGGACUGUGGGGAAUAUAAAGUGAAGCUGAAGAAUGACAGUGGAAGCUUGGAAGCGUCUCUUAAGCUUGUAGUGAUUGAUAAGCCACAGCCACCUGUGGGUCCAAUAGAAGUUGUUGACACAUCCACAAGUGGCAUAACUAUUCAGUGGAAGCCCCCUAAAGAUGAUGGGGGUAAGCCGAUACAGAAGUAUAUCAUUGAGAGGCAGCAGGCUGGCAGAAAGACCUGGCUGACAUUGGGUGAUACCAAUGGGAGCAGCACUAUUUUCACCACCAACAAAGUGGAACAUGACAAAAGCUAUGUCUUCAAAGUGAAAGCGGUGAAUGCUGAGGGAACCAGUGAGGCACUUGAAUCUGAGGAGGUGAUGGCUGCUACCAAAGUUUUUCCUGGCCCUCCUGCUCCUCCUAAAAUUGUCAGUGCCAACAAGGGUGCCAUCACACUCACCUGGACACCACCACAUAAAACAGGCAACUCCCGGAUCACAGGCUACACAGUUGAGAAAUGCAAAAAGGGUAGCAACACGUGGACACCUGUCAGUGACUUGCCCAUCACAGACAAGAAGUACACAGUGACUGAUCUGAAGGAAGGCCUGCAGUAUGAAUUCCGUGUGGCUGCUAUCAAUGCUGCAGGGGUGGGUGAGGCCAGCGCACCCUCAGAAGUUGUUUUUGCUCGGGAUCCCAUGAAACCUCCGGGUCCAGUGAGGGAUCUUAAAGUGGUCAGUACUGACUAUACCAGCAUCUCUUUGUCAUGGAAGAAAUCAGAAUCAGAGGAAGAAAGUAAUGCAAAAGGGUAUAUUGUAGAAAUGCGACACUCUGAUGUUCUGAAAUGGACCCAGUGUAAUGCACUCCCAAUAGCAACGAUUAGCUAUACAGUGAGAGGACUAAAACCCAAGGAAAUGUAUUUCCUGCGUGUGAGAGCAAUCAACGAUGGAGGUUCUAGUGAUCCUGUUGAAUUAGACACUUGCAUCCAAGCUGUACCUCCCUCUGUUCACCCCAAACUUCUAAUAAAUGACAAUGUGAAAAGCUUCAUGAUUGUCAAAGCUGGGGAUACCAUUCGUGUGCGCAUUCCCUUUGAAGCUUCCCCAACUCCUGAAGCAAUUUGGCUGAGGGAUGGGUUUUCUCUGCCACACAAAGCCACAACUGCUACCAGAGAAGGUCUGACCCAAGUCAUAAUACCAGGAGCUGAGUAUUCUGACAGUGGCCUUUAUACCAUAACCCUCCAAACGGAGCGUGGAAAGAAAGAGACUUUCAGCUUCCUUGUCCAAGUCAUAGAUAUCCCAGAAUCCCCUGGUCCUAUUCAGUUGGUUGAGAACGUCCCUGAGACUGUGACUUUAGUUUGGGAGCCUUCACCAACAGAGAAAAGAGAAAAUACACUCUAUUACAUGGUCAUGAAACGCGAUGCCUGCAAGGGAUCAUGGGAACUGGUGUCUGAUCUGAUUUACACAAACAAGUGCACCGUCUCCAAUUUUGUCCCAGGCCGAGAAUAUUUCUUUAGGGUUCUGGCAAAAAACUGCAUGGGAAUCAGUGAGCCUUCUGAAACAGUACAGCCUUGGAUUGUUCACAAAGCAAAGGGUAAAUUUGAGGUCAGGCUUCCAAGAUAUAAGGGGGUCAACCAAUGCCAGCCUCCACGAUUUCUUGUCCCACUGAAACCGCACAUUGUGACUUUAGGAUUUGAUUGUUAUAUGAGCUGUGCAGUGACCGGAUAUCCAGUACCACAGGUAACUUGGUACAAGGAUGGCAAGAACCUCUCCCAAGAUCCUUCCUUCUUCACCAAAAAUGAUUUUGGGGUCUGCUCCCUCAUGAUCCCAGGAGUCACACCAUCAGAUGAAGGAGAAUACAGAGUGGUUGCCAACAAUGCUCUAGGCCAGGCAGUCAGCAAAGCCUUUGUCACCAUAAAAGAUUUGCACGGCCAGCUGUAUGAUAAUGCUUUUGCGCAAGAUGGACGCAGUAACUGAAAGAUGCCUAUUUAUGGUUAUCAGCAUUUGUAGAAAAACAGCCUUAAGACUACUUGGUUUUGUGG